UCACUAUCUUCUUUUUUUCUUCUUCUUCCCUUUUUAGGGUUUUUUACCCCAAUUAUCAUCUGUAAAUUUUAGCGGUUUUGCUGUCCAAGCAACGGUUGUUCUAACGCUGAGUAAUCAGUUAUGGAUUCAGCAAAUGGCAAUGGUGAGGCGACGGAAGCUUUACCACCACCUCCACCUGUUUCUGAAGAUGUUGUUCCAUUAAAAGGGGACGAGCUGCCCAAGAAGAUCAUGCGUGUCCCAAUGGCUAGGCGUGGCUUUGGCAAUAAAGGCCAAAAAUCUCAGCUGUUGACUAACCACUUUAAAGUGAACGUCUCUAAUGUGGAUGGCCACUUCUUUCACUACUGUGUGACCCUUUUCUAUGAAGAUGGUCGUCCAUUUGAUGGAAAAGGCGUGGGAAGGAAACUGCUUGAUAGAGUUCAUGAAACAUACGGCUCUGAAUUAGCUGGAAAAGAAUUUGCAUAUGAUGGGGAGAAGAGUUUGUUUACUGUUGGUGCACUUCCAAGAAACAAACUCGAGUUUACUGUUGUACUGGAUAAUGUUAAUUCGAAUAGAAACAAUGGAAAUGCAAGCCCAGAUAAUGAUGCUGACAAAAAAAGAAUACGCCGUUCGUACCAGUCUAAAAGUUUUAAGGUGGAGUUGAGUUUUGCAGCGAAAAUCCCGAUGCAGGCAAUUGCACAAGCUCUGCGCGGUCAUGAAUCUGAGAACUCUCAAGAAGCUUUGAGGGUGCUCGAUAUCAUCUUAAGGCAGCAUGCAGCUAAACAGGGAUGCCUUCUUGUUCGACAAUCAUUUUUCCACAACGAUGUUAAGACCUUCACUGAUGUGGGUGGUGGUGUUCUUGGAUGUCGUGGGUUCCAUUCUAGCUUCCGUACAUCUCAGGGUGGUCUAUCCCUGAACAUUGAUGUAACUACCACGAUGAUUAUCCAACCUGGGCCGGUGGUCGAUUUUCUGAUUGCAAACCAGAAUGUGAAAGAUCCCUAUUCCAUUGACUGGGCAAAGGCUAAGCGUACCUUAAAGAAUCUUAGGGUGAAGAAUGAGGAGACUAAUGUCGAGUACAAGAUAACUGGUUUGAGUGAGAAGCCAUGCAAUGAGCAAAUGUUUUCGUUCAGGCAGAAGUCCAAAGAUGAAAAUGGUGAAUUUGAGACUCUUGAAGUUACUGUAUACGAUUAUUUUGUGAACUAUCGCAAAAUGAGUUUGCGCUAUUCUGCUGAUUUGCCUUGCAUCAACGUGGGGAAGCCUAAAAAGCCAAUAUUUCUUCCCAUUGAGCUCUGUUCGUUGGUCUCUUUACAACGAUAUACAAAAUCACUCAAUUCGAUGCAAAGAGCCUCUUUGGUGGAGAAAUCUCGCCAAAAGCCACUGGAAAGGAUGCGGGUUUUGACUGAUGCUUUAAAACUCAAUAAUUAUGAUGGUGAGCCCUUGCUGCGAUCUUGUGGCAUUUCAAUAAACAACAAUUUCACUCAAGUUGAAGGAAGAGUUCUUCAAGCACCGAAGCUGAAAGCUGGGAACGGUGAAGAUUUCUUCCCACGGAAUGGUCGCUGGAAUUUUAACAACAGGAAACUUGUGGAUCCCACUAAAAUUGAACGAUGGGCUGUUGUUAACUUUUCUGCUAGAUGUGACCUUCGAAACCUUGUAAGAGAUUUAAUCAAAUGCGGAGGGUUGAAAGGAAUUAAAAUCGAUGAGCCUUUUGAUGUCUUUGAGGAAAGUCCUCAAAAUAGGCGGGCACCACCUGUUGCAAGAGUGGAGAAAAUGUUUGACAACAUUCAGUCUAAACUUCCCGGUGCUCCACAGUUUCUACUUUGCUUGUUGCCUGAGAGAAAGAAUUCUGAUCUCUAUGGUCCCUGGAAGAAGAAGAAUCUUGCGGAGUAUGGAAUCGUAACUCAAUGCAUUGCUCCCAUGCGUGUCAAUGAUCAAUAUUUGACGAAUGUUCUGCUUAAGAUCAAUGCUAAGCUCGGAGGGUUGAACUCCAAAUUAGCUGUUGAGGUUUCUACAUCUAUUCCCAUGGUAUCAAAGUCGCCUACAAUCAUUCUUGGAAUGGAUGUGUCGCAUGGCCAGCCUGGCCAAUCUGAUGUCCCCUCAAUUGCUGCGGUUGUUAGUUCACGACACUACCCAUUGAUUUCUCGUUAUAGAGCUUCUGUGCGCACACAAUCUCCAAAGAUGGAAAUGAUAGACUCUUUGUUCAAAAAAGUUUCUGAAACAGAGGAUGAAGGCAUCAUGAGGGAACUUCUCCUUGACUUUUAUGUGACUUCAGCCAAGCGAAAGCCCGAGCAGAUCAUUAUCUUUAGGGAUGGUGUAAGUGAGUCUCAGUUCAGUCAGGUUCUUAACAUCGAAUUGGACCAAAUUAUUGAGGCAUGCAAGUUUCUUGAUGAUAAAUGGUCCCCCAAGUUUCUCGUGAUAAUUGCCCAAAAGAAUCACCACACAAAGUUUUUCCAGCCAGGAUCUCCUGAUAAUGUUCCACCUGGAACUGUGAUUGAUAACAAGGUCUGUCAUCCUCGUAACAACGAUUUCUACAUGUGUGCGCAUGCUGGGAUGAUAGGGACGACCAGGCCGACACAUUACCAUGUGCUAUAUGAUGAAAUCGGUUUUUCAGCUGAUGAUCUCCAGGAGCUUGUGCACUCUUUGUCUUAUGUCUACCAGAGAAGCACCACUGCAAUUUCUGUUGUGGCACCUAUAUGCUAUGCACAUUUAGCAGCCACACAGAUGUCUCAGUUUAUGAAGUUUGAGGAACACUCCGAGACCUCUUCGAGCCAUGGUGGUACUGGUGUUACCUCAGCUGGAGCUGUGCCAGUUCCUCCGCUGCCAAAACUUCAGGAGAAUGUCUGCAACUCCAUGUUCUUCUGCUAAAUCCCCUUGAUGGUUAUAAGACGAGUUUGUACAUAAGUUUGUUGGUAUGAUGAUUAGUGGCUUUCUGUCAUGGAAUUGAUGCGAAGUCUGAACUUCUUUAGGAUUUGUGGGUCUUUUAGUUGGUGGUUAGGAUAAGCUGCUAUGCGGAUGUCUAUGAUGUCUGAUCUUAAUGCAUGUGAAUGUCCAGGAUGCUUUGUUUGUUAUCUAAUGCAGCUUUUGAUGUUUAUCGUGA